AUGUCGCGUCGAUUACUUACAUCAUUAUUAAAAUACAAUUAUGGAUUUUCAUCAGCAGAUCGUUUCUACUCUGCUGUUGCUCAACCAGAUGUUAUCUCAAAGUCGUCUGCAUCACUCUAUCAACGAUCAUCCAGUUAUCAAAAACAGAUAACUGAAAAUAAAAUAUUGACAUCCCAUAUGAAAAAUAUGAACAAAAAUGGUGAAGGAUCGAAAGCUUUGGCAUUAUUUGAUCAAAAAAUUCAACGUGGCAUCAUACCAGAUCAAUUUACUCUAACAACAGUGCUCAACGUCUGUGCUGAUAUGAAAAAACUUAUAAAAGGUAAACAAAUACAUGAAGAAUUAAUUCGGACAAAUCCUUUAGUAGCGUCCGAUAAUCGUUUACGAACUUCUCUGAUGCAUAUGUAUGGUCAAUGUGGCGAUAUUCAAUCAGCUGAAAAAAUAUUUUAUGAAAUAGAAAGACCAACAGAAUAUGAUUAUUCAAUAUUAAUGAAAUCAUAUGAUUUGAGCCAUAUGUACAAGAAAAUAUUAGACUUAUACGAUGAAAUGAAAGCUAUUUCUUCUUCGGAUGAAAUUUGUCCCGGUGCACAAAUUUAUGCUUAUAUAAUUAAAGCGUGUAAAAAUUUGAAUGCUGAAGAACGUGGUCGACUACUUCAUCAAGAAAUACUUUAUUAUAAAUUAAAUACUGAUCAUUAUUUAGCUACACUACUUAUUGAUAUGUAUUCAAAAUUUCAUGAUUUAAAAGCAUGUGAAGUAGUAUUUCAAGCCAUUAAUCCAAAACUUCAUAAUUUAUAUAUGUAUUCAACAAUGAUGAAAGCUUAUACACAUAAUGAUAUGCCAGAAAAAACAUUGGAAAUGUAUAAACAGAUUAAAAGAGAUAAUUUAUUUCAAUUAGAUGAAGUUGGAUAUUUAUGUGUAUUAAAUGCCUAUGCAAAAAUUGGUAUGUUAAAAUUGGCUAAUCAAAUUUAUUGUGAAUUACCUGAAUCAGUUUUACGAACACCAUACAUUCAAAAUACACUCAUUGAUCUUUUUGGAAAAUGUGGUGAUUUUAGAAGAGCCAGACAAAUAUUUGAUAAUCUAAAUAAACGACAGAGUGGAAAAGUGUAUAAUACAAUGAUCAAUGUAUAUGGUAUAAAUGGACGUGGACAAGAUGCAUUAAAAAUAUUUCAACAAAUGAAAUUAAAUGAUAUUAAACUAGAUUUUUAUACAUAUGUAUUGAUAUUAAGAGCAUGUCAAUUUUCAAAAUUAAUACAAGAAGCAAAACAAAUAUUUCAAUCAAUGAAUAAACAGUAUCGAAGUACAGAAAUAUACGUAAUUAUGAUUGAUAUAUAUUCUCAGUGUGGAGAAUAUGAUAAAUGUGAAUUAUUAAUUCAAGAAUUUGAACAAGUAUUUAAUCAUCCAUUAUCAAAAUUAUGGUAUAUUCUAUUUGCAUCUAUCAACAGUAACUCAUCAUUAAACGAAGAACAACGUAAAAAUAAAUUACAAGAUAUUUUAGAUAGAAAUCCUCGUUUAAAUGUUGAAAAUCCUGAUAGAAUUACAUAUCGAGAUGUUAAAAUUCAAUUAUGGGAACAUGAAAAUUUUGUUCGACGACUUGGAGAUUCUUUGACAUUAGUUAAUAAUACUUUACAUACAUUUGUUGAUAAUGAUGAACGUUAUCCAGAAAUUUAUAAUGAAUUAACAAAAUUAGAACCUGAAAUCGAUCGAACACAACAGUGCACACAUAGUCUUAAAUUAGCAUUAGUCUACAAUCUAUUAGAAACUUCUCAAUCAUCUGAUCUAAUUCAAAUUACGUGUUAUCAGAGCGAUUGUUCACAAUGUCAUGAAUUCACAAAACGAAUGUCAAAAUUGAAAAAACGAAAUAUUAUUAUUCGAGAUAUAAUAGCAAGCACUCAUCAUUUCAAAGAUGGCACAUGUUCAUGUGAAACGAAAUUUUAG